AUGACAUCAUUAUCUUCAAUUAAACAAGAUCGAAUCGGUUUAUCAAAAAAAGAAACCAUUCAUUUGGGCGGAACUGCCGUAGAUCGAUACCGGGCCGAUUUAGGUUUAUCAACAUUCAAAGAUGGACGUGGAAUUUUCGAUUGGAAUGUAGCCGUUGUUGUCGAGGACGGAGUCGUUCCAGUUGUAUUCACUGUUGGCGGUGGCGAUGGAGCGAUAACUACAGACGGUGACAUACCUCGUCUCAUUGCACCUGUACGAGCUCCAUUUGUCGAUUUCGGAGCAGAGACAAUGACAGGUUUGUUUGUAGUUGCUGCAGCUGAUGCAUUAGCAAAUACAUUGGAUAAACGUGGUCGUCGAGCUGUUGCUGGCGAUGCUGUUCCAGUGGUUUGUGGUUUCGACGAUGGUAGUUUUGCAGUUACUGCAGAAGAAGUCUUUCGUUGCUGCGGUGUCGGUUGA